AUAUCUAGGAAAGCAUAUGCGCGAGUGACAAGUAUGAAAAGCAGUGUUCUUGAAAGAUAGAUUGUAUUAUUUCGUCUAAACAACUAAUCGCAAGUAAGUACGUCAAGAAAUAAAAAACGAGAUUCUACGAUGUAAGAGCAAGCAAGUGGUGGGGCAUGUCAAAGUAUGUAUCACUGUAUGAGGGUUACUUACAUACGUAUAGGUAUAACAGUAUAAGAGCAGGUAUGUACAUACAUACGUAGGUAUAUGAUAGUAGGUGUACUGGUGCCAACAGUGUGGUUGGUGAGUCGAGUGGCGAGGCGAGGCGAGUGUGUGGUGAACACCGAACACCGGUAUGUCAGCUCACUGGCAGUACGUAAUUGAGGUUGUACAGGAACUGUGUGAAGCGGUACAUUUGAAAGACAGCAAUUUGCACUUACCGAGGGAUCGUCCUGAAUUUAUUUUCAAUACGUUCAAUAGGAGCGUAAACAGGAAAUAAAUUGAUUGUACAGCGAUAAAUACCGUGAGUUAAUCUUCGUGUCGACACGAGAGCUGGUGGCAGCAAAAUGGCGGAAAAGAAUGACUCGCCGGGUUCCACGACUUCCACCGGGCAAGAAAGUCAACAAUUGUUCACGAGUUUCAUAGGGGAGAUCGUAAAGAGUCCGAUAAAUCUCAUUUUAGUGGGCGUGAUCGCGCUCCUUGUUUACAAAAUUGUCAAGAACAAAACGAAAACGGAGGAGCCCGUAAAAGAAGUAAAGAAACUGCCAAAGUUGCGACGCGAUUUCACGCUCGAAGAAUUAAAAAAGUACAACGGUACGGGACCAGAUGGGCGAAUAUUAAUCGCUAUAAACGGUAGCGUUUACGAUUGUACGCGCGGUGCCCACUUCUAUGGCCCUGGUGCUCCGUACGAAGUGUUUGGUGGUAAAGAUGUCAGCAGAGCACUAGCAACAUUUUCUUUGGAAACAGCACAGGAAUACGAUGAUCUGAGUGACCUGAAGACCGAAGAAAUGGAAUCUAUGAAAGAAUGGGAAGAGCAAUUCAAAGAAAAAUAUGAUUACGUGGGAAAACUACUGAAGCCUGGUGAUGUACCUACAAAUUAUUCGGACGAAGAAGACGAAGGUAGUCAACAAGAGAAUGAAACAAAGUCCAAAAACGAUUGACUGAUUGACCAUCGUUUACCACCAAAUGCCAAACAACAGCAGUUUCAAAAGGAUAUUGCGCGCACAUCGUUCUAUAAGGAACUCUUCAAAAAAUCGUGGCUGAUAGAUAUAUUUGUGGAUAUUCAUUUGGAUAUUUCGGACUAUACUAUAUAAGAUGGAACGCGAUGGGAAUGGAAUAUAAAAACAAAAGUGGUCAGUCCUUCGAUCGAAAAGUACGUAAAUGUUCAAGAAGCUGAUAUUAAGUGUAAAGACUGGGUAUCCUGCGUGGGGGUAACUUUCUUGCGUUCGAAACACCAAGGAUGCUCCGAUAGUAUAAUGUUUUUAUAUAUGUACAAAAGAUUUGUUACACAGAUCCUUAAAGCUGACACUAGACGCGAUGUAUGACAGAACUUUUCAUCUAUAUUCCAUUAUCGAAAAAUAUCCUUGUUUACGAUGUCACUCGCGUCUUGUCUCGUAGCAUUUGGUACUACAUAUUACAUAUAUGUAUUCGGUAUCUAUCAACUUUAAUAAAAUGGUGUUAUAUUUGAUACGCAUUUCAAGUUUAAUAUUAAGUUAAUAUAGCACUUUGCAUACUUUUAUUAUGGGAACAAAGUCGUUUAUUAUAAAAACAUUAUGCUUGUUAAUAGAAAUGGAACGAUAUCACCUUCAAAUGAAUUCGUACAAAAAAUCGUACAAUCUCUAUCGGAGGUAUUGAAUGAAAAUAUAAUUGCGAAGCAGCAUCGUAGUCCCAAUUCUGAAUUAUGAACGCGUAGAAAAUUGUAUUAAAAUCACAUUUGGAGGUUUAUAAAGAGUGAUACACGAUUGCUAGUCUUUUUUUUAUACAAUCAAUAGAAAUGGAAAUACAUUCUGCUGCUACUGCUGCUGCGAAACACUGUGUAUGUGCACGCGUGUGCGUGUGACGCGGCACGAUGAACGUGAACAUCGAUGUGCCCGUAUAAACUGUUAUUGCUUUUCAAAACAGGACUUAAAAAUUAUUGGUAUUUCCAGUUGCAUUGUUUUUAACCCUUGUGUACUUGUUUGUAAAAUAUUUUAAAUAAUGCGCGUCUUUUUAAUUAUUUUUCCAAUUUAAUGUCAUUUUAAUUUAAGCAGUACAAUUCCUCCACAAUAAGAAUACAUGUGUAUAAUUUAUAUGUAAACAUAGAAGAGAAAUUACGAAUCGGAAUUCUGAAAAAUGUCGGAUUGCGUUGUUGAACAAAGUAACGAUAUUAUCAAUUUUAUAUAAUAAAGGCGUUGUUAAUAUAAAAGAA